AUGAAUGUUGAAAAUCAAACACAAAUAAUUAUUGAUGAAAAUAUAAAUUUAAUUUUAAAUAAAACUCUUUUUAUUAUAAUUAUAUGUGUAAGUAUUCCAAGUGUAUUAAUUAAUUUAUUUGCUAUAUAUCGUCUUCAUGGAAAUAAAAAAUUAAGUGUUUUUGUAUUUCGUUGUAUAUUACAUGUUAGUUUAUUAACAACAUGUACAUGUAUACCAUUUUUUUUAAUUGAAUUAUAUUUUAAUUUAUAUUUUCCAUUAUCAUUAACUAUAUGUAAAUUAUGGUUAAUUAUUGAUUAUUCAUCAAUUGUUUGUCUUGGUCUUUUGGUAUGUUGGGCAUCUAUACAACGUCAUAUACUUAUAUUUGGUCCAAUGCGUAUUAAAAAACUUCAAUCAACAUUCAAAUUUAAACUUAUACCAAGUAUAUUUGCAUUAGGUUUUCCAUUAACAUGGUAUUCAAUACUUAUAUUAUCAUGUAAAUAUGAUAAAAAAAAUUUCUUAGAAAAAUAUGAAUGUCGUCCAUGUUUUGAACAAGAAAAAUUUAUAUUUUUAAUUGAUACAUUAUUAAGUUUAUUAAUACCAUUAUUAAUAACAAUAAUUGUAACAUUCUUUUUAUUAAUUCGUAUAAUUCGUUUACGUCUUAGUUUAUUUCGUUCAAAUUCAAAAAGAUGGCGACGUUGUAAACGUUUAACACGUCAAAUGAUAUUAUUUUCAUUUAUUUAUUUAAUUGGCCUUUUACCAUAUGUAUUAACAAAUGUUAAUUCUUUAUACAUUUUUUGGCCAUCGAUUAAUUUAUCAUGGUGUAUACAAAUAGCUGAUGCAUUCACAUAUGUUCCAUGUUGUUUUUCAUCAUUUUUAAGUAUAUAUGCAUUUCCUGAAAUAUGGAAAAAACAACGAAAACGUCAUCAUCAUCAUCAUCAUCGACAAAAUAGUUUGAGAUUAAAUCGACAAAAUAAGCAUACAUCAUUUACAUUAGUGUCAACAUUUCUAACAACAUCAUCAAAUGAAGAAUAA